AAGCAGAGACGCACAGGCAUUAAACGUUGGGUUGGGUUUCAUUUGCAAUUGCAAGCACCGACACCAUGAGCUCCAUCGCUCAGAAGCGGAACUUGUUCCCGAAUACUAAGCCAUCGCUUCCAGUGUCGCGUUCAGACUCAAAACUAGAAGAAGGAGGCCUUCGAAGACGUCUUUCUUCCUUGUCCCUUAAGAUCCAAGGCACCCCUGAAGCUGCAGCUGCAGCUGCAUCCUCUUGGUCAUUUCCAAGAUCCAAGUCCCUCUCAUCUAUGGGUCACUAUGCGGGCACCUCUGUAAGGAAAUGGUGGGAUUGGAGCUGGGCUUGGAUCCUCUCCAGAAAGCCCAUCUUUGCUACAGAUCUCGAAAUGAACGACCAAGAAACCAAGCUCCUUGGUUCCCACAACAGGGGCACUUUGAGACAUGUUUUCUACAAGUUCCGCUCUGAGAUCAGAAGAUUCAUCACUUCUGAUCAUGCCACUCUUCCUCAAACCUACGCCAGGACCACAUAAUCCAUUUCCCAACACAAUCCAUCCCAUUCUUCCUUCAAAUAAUUAAUUUAGUCUUUCAGAUCCUCCAUGCAAAUUACUAUUGGUACGGCUAGCUAGCUUAUGCAAUUCAUUUGUUCUUUCCCCCUUCAUGUACAAUAUCUCUUAUAAGCCUGUCUGCAAUUACUUUCAUGUAUAAUUGGUUAUUGCUAUUCUAUAAUCUAUAUUGUGGGUUGGGAUAAAAUUACCUGACUGAUUAUCUUACCUUAGCUGCUGUCGGUCGAGGGUUUAGAUUCAGUAAAGUUGUUACAGCGUAUUAUAUAAUAUUGUAAAUGUAGAAUAGAACUUGCCAACCUACAAGAUUAUUUCUUGCUACAACGUACGAGAUCGAUGCAUGUUUUAUAAUUAUAAGGACCUCUCUUCUAAAACAUAGGAAAAUGUGGCACCAACUACGGUGCCGAGUAAUUCGUAACCGUGCUUAUAUAAUGAUUCACAUGAAUAUUCUAAUUUUAAACUUUGUUAUUAUGCAAGACCUUGCUUUGAAAUUCGAGUUUCCCUUCCGACUUCCUAGCUGGCUCAUAUUUUCAUGUGUGUUCAAUUUAAUUUCUCCACUAUUUCUGUCUGUACGUUGAAUCGAAUGUUUGAAAUUCAAUGUGAAACAACAUAAUUUCAUUGAAGAACCAUACCUGAUUAGCCACUUACCUUGUGAUGCCGUUUUACGUUGCGGUUACGACACAGGAGUUAAGCUGCCUCCCACGGUUCCACCACCCAACACCGCAUGCCUUUGCUUUGUGUCCGAGUCGGUGCACCUUUUCUUUGUGCGAAAAAUAAAAUAGAAAAGAUAAUUACAUGGUAUGUUAUUAAAAAAUAAUUAUAAAAUGUUACAUAUGAAACUCUUUUUUUUUUAUUUUUAAAGUAAUAGAAUUAUUUUACUUUUUUUAAAAUUACUUUUGAAUUAUAAUUAUUUUUUAAAAUAAAAGAGUUGUUUUUAUAAUUGUAAGUAAUAAAAAUAAAUAUACUUUUUAUAAAAACUCGAAAAAAUAAAUUUAUUUUUUUAAAAAUUUAAACAAACAGAUCCUUUUUUAUAUUUAAAAUAAUUUAUAAAUAAAUUUUAUUAAACAAUUUCUUAAUUAUUUAAGUAAUUUAAAAAUAAACAUUAUAAAUGAAUCCGUUAUUUCUCUUUUCACUGCCUAGUUGAUAGACAAGGCAAGCCAGUCAUUUAGUAUGGUUUGACGUAUUAUCAUAAUUGUCAAUCAUUUGGUAUGCCAAGGUCGGUGUAUAACUUUCUUUCUGGAAUCUUCUUCGAUGGUCGCAACAGUUUUGGUGCGUGGAAUGUUCCUAAGAAUAAUACAGGUUAAUUUAAUAAUAAAAGUACUGUAAGUGUUAAAAAAAAUGUACUUUUAAUUUCUUUACUUUUAAGUUACGUGUAAUUUUUUAAUUUUUGUGAAUAAACAUUACACAUAAUUUUGAGAAAUUAAAAUUUUAAUUAUUCAAAAUAAAAAUUCUAAUUUAAAUUAUUCAUAUUUAAUUUUUAUAAAUUCUUCAUAAUUUAAAUUAUGUUUCUUACUCUAAAAA